AUGGGUCUCGACGACUACGGCCCGCCUGGGUUCGAGAUCGAGCACGCCAUCGGCGUCGUCAACCUCGCGCGCCUCACAGACGACGUGGGCCUGCUCCUCACAGCGCUUCUCGUCUGCUGCACCAAUCCCGAGGCCGACUCGCUCAUCCGGGGCUUCGAGCGCGAGGACGGCUUGCUCGAGCAGCUCACGCUAGACGACAUCGGGCUCUGCUACGCGGCGAAGAGCGUCCUCCUCGAGGAGUCUAUGAAGGUCACGCUCCGCGUGUGCCGGGCCGGGCAGGUUGCGAGGGCGUGCAAGACGCACUCGAGCUGCACGCGCAGAUUCAGGGAGGCGAUCCGCGAGCUUGAAGAUCCGAAGCUCACCAUGGCGUUUGCGGACCCGGGUACCCGCGCACUCCCCAUUGACAACUUGUUGGAUGGAAAGGGCAGCUCGGGUGUCAAGCUGUGCGAGUACUGCCAACAGCUGGUCAGGGAACGAGAAUCGUCUGAGAGGAGAGCGGCGUGGAAGAAGCUUCCGGAGAUCUUCAAACUUACCCUUCCGCUAGCACUAGGCGGCGAGGCGGGACAGGCUGAUUAA